AUGGGAAACGCCAUGUCCGCCAGCUUCGCGCCUGAGUGCACGCCGCUCAAGGAGACCUACGAUCAAUGCUUUAACACCUGGUACUCUGAGAAGUUUCUCCGCGGCCGCUCCACGGAGAACGAGUGCACCGAGUCCUGGUACGCCUACAUGCACUGCGUCGAGGCCCACCUGGUCAAGCAGGGCAUCAAGCCGGCGCUGGACGAAGCGCGCAAGGAGGCGCCGUUCGAGGAUGAAGGCCAAACGCGCAGCCAGUGA